CGAAAAAACAAACGGUUAAAACGUACCUUCGUCGCAGCGUCAUGUAACAUGUGAUGCACCGCCCCUCUGCGCGAGAUGACUUUAAAUAUAAACUACCCAGCGCCCGCUGGCAGGGCAACCUCAUAGCGACAGUACAGCGAGGAGAGGAAGCUCGUGUUUUGUUGUCUGUAACUCGAAAAUAAAAGUAAAUGUCUUACACUAAGUUCGCAGCAGCCCUUGUUAGGGCGAACCCGGGCAAUGUGAGGAAUGUACGCAUAUCACCGGGAAGAUGUCGAUCAACAGUGGCAUCCACCAAGAGCAAAGAAGAGACACAUCAACAGAUCGAUGGCUGCAGCGUGGUGGAAGCCGAGCCAAUGGAACUCAUCAGCCAGGGCACACAUGUCAAAAAGACACUGUUAAAUAAAAUUAGCAUCGACUUCGACAACACACAGGAAGCCUACAGAAGCAAAGGAAACAUUGAACUGCUUCGAAGUCUGCUGGUCUUCAAGCUCUGCACUAUUGAUGUCCUUGUUGACAAGAACAAAGAGUUGAUGGACCUGACUAAGAAGGUGUUUGGUCAGUGGAUGUUUGAGAAGAUCAUGAAGUUGACCUUCUAUGGUCAGUUUGUGGCAGGGGAAGACCACAACUCCAUCAAACCUUUAAUCAGGAAGAACCAGGCUUUUGGUGUUGGGGCAGUUUUGGACUAUAGUGUUGAAGAGGACUUGACACAAGAGGAGGCAGAGAAGAAGGAAAUGGAUUCAUGUGUUUCUGAAGCAGAGAAAGAGAGUCCAGGAGCGGAUCAUCGCGAAAAGAAAUACCAAGCCCAUCGUCAGUUUGGGGACAGGCGUGGAGGGGUCACUAGUGCUCGUACCUACUUCUAUGCAGAUGAAUCCAAAUGUGACAAUCAAAUGGAGACAUUCAUUAACUGCAUUAAAGCCUCUGGAGGAGCCUCAACAGAUGGAUUUUCUGCCAUCAAAAUGACCGCUCUUGGACGGCCACAGUUCCUUCUCCAGUUUUCCGAAGUCCUGGUUAAAUGGAGGCAAUUCUUUAAAGUCCUCUCAGCACAACAAGGAAAAUCUGACAUGAAGGUUUUAGAACAAAAGCUGGAGCUGGAACAACUCAAGGAAAGUUUGAUUGAAAUGGGUGUUGGAGCCAAGGACGACAUAGAUAACUGGAUAACUGGAGAGAAGCUUGGUGUGUCAGGAACGUUGGACCUUUUGGACUGGAACAGUUUGAUAAACGAUACAACAGCAAUCUCCAAACUGCUUAUGGUGCCAAACCUAGAGACAGGCCAUCUGGAACCUUUAAUGAAAACGUUUACAGCUGAGGAGGAGAGUCAGAUGAAGAGAAUGCUGCAGAGAGUGGAUGUUCUGGCAAAGCAUGCCGUGGAGAACGGGGUCAGGCUGAUGGUGGACGCCGAGCAGACGUACUUCCAACCUGCUAUUAGUCGACUGGCGCUGGAAAUGCAGAGGAAAUUCAACAGAGAGAAGCCCAUCAUCUUUAACACUUACCAGUGUUACCUCAAGGACGCCUAUGACAAUGUAACAGUAGAUGUUGAGCUUUCUCGACGGGAGGGCUGGUACUUUGGUGCCAAACUGGUCCGUGGAGCCUACAUGUACCAAGAGAGAGACCGGGCCAAAGAGAUCGGCUACGAAGACCCGAUAAACCCCGACUAUGAGGCCACCAACAGGAUGUAUCACAAGUGUUUGGAGUAUGUGCUGGAGGAGAUCGAUCACAGCAGGAAAGCAAAUGUCAUGGUGGCAACUCACAAUGAGGACACAGUGAAUUACACCCUUGAAAAAAUGAAUGAGAUGGGCCUAUCUCCUGCCGAGAACAAGAUUUACUUUGGACAGCUGCUCGGCAUGUGUGACCAGAUUAGCUUCCCGCUAGGUCAAGCAGGUUUCCCGGUCUACAAGUACGUUCCAUACGGCCCCGUCAACGAGGUCAUGCCGUAUCUGUCGCGCCGCGCUCAGGAGAACCGAGGCUUCAUGAAGGGAUCGCAGAGAGAGCGCAGCCUGCUGUGGACCGAGCUGAAACGCAGAGUGCUGGCUGGACAGAUUGUAUACAAACCUGUGUACUGAGUCACCUGACCACAACAUACUACCUGCAGGAUGUCUGUAAGCAUUCCACUGGCUAACUGCGCUUCAUAGGGGAAGAGUAAUGUCUCUCCCUGGCUGGUUAGGUUGCACAGUACAGAGGAAAGUUUUGCAGUUUUACUGAGAUUUAGUUUGCGAUGGAGAUUAUUUUUGCAUUUAGCAGUAUAUUUAUAUUUUAAAAAACAGUGCCAUAAUGAAACAUUGAUGUGAUGCUCUAUUUACAAGUGAUGAUUUAUUUGUGGCUAUUUAACUAGGAUAACUCUGAAUCACCUCAAAAAUGUAUGUAUGCCAACCAGAGGGGGCUAAGUUGUAUAUAGAUAUACAAGUUUUUUUAAAUGGUAACAUUUUAAUGUCAGUCAGCGACUAUAACACUUAUACAGUUCUCUGAGGGGAUUGUAAAUACUUAGCAUCUUUUAUUGAUAAUACGGUAUCUCAUUGUAUAACUUAAAAAUUAAAGACUUAGUCUCUUAUUGUAAACUGUUCACCUUUAUCUGCUGUGGGUAUCUGGAAAUUAGCUAAUUACCUAUGACGUGAAAGUGGCUGUUUACUGUAGCUAACCUUCAUUCACCUACGACAAAAGAAACCUCUUUCACGGUCCCAUCGUGACUCACUGUGAUCCAUUUUAGAGGAUCAAUAACACCUAGUGUGCUUUAAUACUAUACUAAUAUGGAUGUAAUGGUUAUGAUUUCAUAUUCAUCUGAAGUCAACGGUACCAAUAGCGGCAGAUUUUCAAAGAAGAAAACUAUAAAUGUUUGUGCCCUUUAUUCCAAAAACAAGCCACAAUAACAGCUGUCAGGCCCAAACUGUCAGCCAUGUUGCAUUAUGUGCAUUGGAGGGGAAACUGCCUGUAAGUAUAUUUGUUUUUGUUGUAAUUCAAAAGGAAUGGUUGUGUAAAUAUAUCUGGUUUGUGGUGGAUUGAAUGUAAUGGAAAAUAUAUUUUAAACUGCUGUUUUUAUGACUAUAAAUUAAUACUUUAAAUUGUCCUUAUACAUUUUGGUAAAACCAUAAAAUUGAAAACUGAGUCUAAGUUGACCCUUUUGUAAAAAAAAAGUCUUUUUGGACUUGCAAAAGCUCUUUGUCUUUAAUAAAGAUGUUGUUUCCAUGUGAA